AUGAUGCUCCUGGUGACAAACAACCAGCCCAGGGGGGUACAGCGAGGUCAGCACAACUCAGAGCUGCUGCCAUUGGCUGGAGGUGCUACCAGGCUGCUUUUAAAGAUUGCCAGCUUCUCAAGUCUCCACCUCACACACAGGAGGAGGACCUGGGACAUGCGUAACGCCUCAGACAGCUCAGCGAUGGCUUUCAGCAGCUCUGACAGCGGCUACUAUGAUUUUGACAUCUACGACAACUUCUCGUUCUGGAAUGGAAGUAACAUCUCAGACUCGGGAGACUUUUACCUGCUGGACCUGCCCUCGCCGUGCGAGGCCGGAGACCACGAGUUGACCAUCAAGACGUUCCAGACGUGCGUGUUCUGCGUGAUCUUCCUGCUGGGCGUGGUGGGGAACUGCCUGGUGAUCGCCACCUUCGCUCUGUACCGCCGGCUGCGUCUGCGCUCCAUGACGGACGUCUUCCUGUUCCACCUGGCGCUGGCCGACCUGCUGCUGCUGCUGACGCUGCCGCUGCAGGCCGUGGACACGCAGCUGGGCUGGGUCCUCCCCGUGGAGCUCUGCAGGGCCACGCGGGCCUGCUACGCCAUCAACACCUACAGCGGCCUGCUGCUGCUCGCCUGCAUCAGCGUGGACCGCUACAUGGUGGUAGCGCGCGCCCAGGACAUGCUCCGGCUGCGCAGUCAGAUCCUCAGCAUCGGGAUAGCGGCUGCGGCGGGCGUGUGGCUGGUGGCGGUGCUCCUCAGCCUCCCGGAGAUUCUCUACUCCGGCGUGUCGGACUUCUUCUGCGGCAUGAUCGCAAACAGGAGAGUGAAGAUGGCCACCAACGGGGCCAUCAUCGGCAUCUUCUGCCUGUCCUUGGUUGUCAUGGUGACGUGCUACUCUCUGAUAGCGCGGGUGUUGUGGGAGGGGAACGCCAACCGCCGCGGGAAGCAGUGGCACCGGCAGCGCACCCUGAAGCUGAUGGUGGCCCUGGUGCUGGUGUUCCUGCUGUUCCAGCUGCCGUACACGGUGGUGCUGUCCUGCAAGAUGGCGGGCCAGUUCUGCAACCUGCUGAUAGAGUACAUCACCUGCACUUUGGCGUACACCCGCUGCUGCCUCAACCCCAUCCUCUACGCCCUGGUCGGCGUGCGUUUCCGUAACGACGUGCUGAAGCUGAUCCGGGACUCGGGCUGCCACUGCGGCCUCGGCCUGCCGCCGCACAGCCUCAGCUCCACCUCCAUCUCCCUCUCUUCUCCCGCUUCCAAAAUGAUCUCCUUCUCCCCAACAUCCCCCGAACCCAGCUACUCCAGCUACGAGACCGUACCCACCAAGUUUCAGUUUCCAGUAACCAAAUAAGAUCUGCUGGUGGAGUGGCCGCCCACUGGUCUGGAGGCCGAUGGUUCGGUCUUUGACCAUUUGUCAUUUGUACGGGAGACUGCCUGGGAAUACCAGGUGCUGUUAGGGUUGUCAAAA